UUGAAUCGUUUGCUCGCGAUGUCCUGCCGCUGCCUCCGAUUCUGCCGCAGGAUAAACGCCAGGCUCUGUAUCUAUGUCCUGAGCAUCCUCCUCCCGUUUGUCCUGUCUCCUUUAGCGGCCUCGGCUCACAAGGAAUCAAAAUGCAGUUAUGUUACGAUUCUGGUUGCUUCUUAUUGGCUGUUGGAGCCGGUUCCGGUAGCAGUCACAGCCCUACUUCCUGUCGUCCUAUUCCCCCUUCUUGGAGUUGCCAGCUCGGCACAAGUAUGCUCAAAUUACAUGAAGGAACCUUUUUUGAUGUUUAUUGGGGGCUUCAUUGUUGCUAUUGCUGUUGAAGAGUGCAAGCUACAUGAAAGAAUAGCCUUAAAAGUGCUGUUAUUGAUUGGAACAGAAAUUAAAUGGCUAUUGCUCGGAUUCAUGUUAACAACUAUGUUCCUGUCAAUGUGGUUAAAUAACUUAGCAACAACACUGUUGAUGGUGCCAAUCGUUGAAGCGGUUAUUGGGGAAAUUGAUAUCAAGAACGACCACCUAGCUUUUAGUGAUAAUAACGGCACAACUAUCCUUCCCGAAAGAAAGCAAACGGAUGAUCCAGGGGAAGAUAAUUUUCUUUCGAAAAUGUCUUUACAGCAAGAGCGAAAGAACUCCGCUGAUGCUUCAACUAUAAAAGUCACACUGCUUUUGAGUGUGUGUUAUGCUGCGAAUAUAGGAGGAACUGGCUCCCUUUCUGGUGCAUCGGCAAACAUAGUCCUCAAAGGACUAAUGGAAGAGCUUUAUCCAGACAGUGACGAUAUAACUUUUGCUACAUGGAUGAUGUACAACAUUCCAGGAAUGGUUCUCUGCGUUCUGAUCGGAUAUGUGUACCUUUGGCUGGUGUACAUACGAUUCUCAAAACAUAAUUUUGCAUCUGAGAGCAAAAUAAAGGACAUCAUUUCAAAACGCUACUCCGAUUUAGGAUCUCUGACGUCUCAUGAAGCUCAAGUUCUGGUUUUAUUUGUCAUUUUAGUUAUCCUGUGGGUUUUCCGAGACCCAAAAUUCAUAACCGGCUGGGCAGACGCCAUGCAACCCGAAACUAAAAUUGGUGACUCAGUUCCUGCCAUUGGGAUAGCAUUUCUCAUGUUUUUCCUUCCAUCGCGCAUCGGAGAUUGGAACAGUCCCAGGAUUCUAGAAUGGAAAACAGCUCAGGUGAAAGUCCCUUGGGGAGUGCUUAUUCUAGUUGGUGGAGGGUUUGCAUUGGCUGAUACUGCACAGAAAUCUGGUCUUUCGAAGCUACUUGGUGAAAACCUGAUGUUCUUGGCUGUUCUGCCUCCAGGAGCGAUGGUAGUGGUCGUCUGCCUCGUUACUGCUAUGAUAACUGAAAUAAUUACAAAUGUGACAUCUGUCACGGUUCUUCUGCCAAUUUUUAGUCAAGUGGCUGUUUCUAUAGGGGUUAAUCCAUUGUUCCUGAUGCUACCAAUCACUCUUGCCGCUUCAUACGCUUUCAUGCUUCCUGUUGCCACCCCUCCUAAUGCCAUUGCAUUCGAAAGUGGGAAUAUGAAGACCCUUGACAUGGCUAAACCUGGACUAGCUAUGAAUCUAAUUUGCUGUGCGGUGCAACUUUUCAUGAUUAACACGCUUGGAGCUGCCAUGUUCAACCUUAGAGAAUUCCCUGAUUGGGCAAACAGAACUCAAGUUUUCGUUGAGAGUGUCUCAAAUUCAGUACAUAAUAGCACUUUCUUAAAUAUGACUCUUCCAAGCGUGAAUAAUCUGUGAUGCUAUUAGAAUAAAACAUAACA